AUAAUUUAUGUGGAGUUUAACUAGGGUUUUUGGAAUUUGGAAUAAAGGGGGAGAGUGCAUCUUCCUUUUGUUGUUGUCAAACUUUAAUCUCAUAAUAUAGCAGAAGGAAGAAGAAUUUGAUUCGAAAAUUGUAGCGUAGCGUGGGUGCAAUUGAACGAUAAGAUGGGAAGAGGAAAAUACAAAAGCAAGCCCACCGGUCGCCGCCAGUUCUCCACCCCGGAAGAUCUCCUUGCUGGAACCUCUAACCGGCCUCGAACUUUUAAACAGAAAGAAGCUGAACACGUAGAGGAAGAAUCUGAGGAAGCAUCUGGGGAUGAAUCUGGAGAAGAAUCUGAAGAAGAAUCUUCGAAGAAAAAAGGAACUCAAGGGAUUAUUGAGAUUGAAAAUCCUAACUUGGUAAAGCCAAAGAGUGUGAAGGCCAGAGAUGUUGAUGUUGGAAAAACAACAGAACUUUCAAGGCGUGAAAGAGAGGAGCUGGAGAAACAGAGAGCCCAUGAGCGCUACAUGAGGCUGCAAGAGCAAGGGAAAACAGAACAAGCAAAGAAAGAUUUAGAACGUUUAGCUCUUAUACGUCAGCAAAGGGCAGAGGCUGCUAAAAAGAGAGAAGAAGAGAAAGCUGCUAAAGAGCAGAAGAAGGCUGAAGCGCGAAAGUAGAGAAUGUAAUGAGGCCAACUGUACUCCAAUUAGUUGGAGGAAUAUGUCAGCAAAUUCCUCUUGCUACACUUCAACAUUAUGUCCAUUUACCUUUUUAUAUUGUUAUUACCAUACCAAUCUGGUAACAUGUAAUGCAAUUAUUUUCCUAUUCUGUGGUUUAAAAUCGUGAUUAUACAUAUAUAGACUUCUUAAAUGUUACCUAAUCACAGCUGAGUUAAUUACUUUUGUU